AGAAAUCAGCUUAAGCAUUUUGUGCAUGUCUAAUAUAUAAAGUCUUUUAUCAACACAAGACGCGGUAUAUGGAAUUUCAUAUCGUACGGUUUUCACAGUCGUAUUCAGUGUGUUCAAUUUUGCAAUGGAAUAGAGUACUCAAUGUGAGCGGGAAUUAGAACGUUCAAAUUGUUGAGUAAUAUUAUAUGUAUACAUAAACCAAGAUGUGCGGUGUUCCUAAACGUACUGUAAUUUUUUAUAUAGUAAUCGCGCUGCUCUUUUUUCAUCAAGCACAACCAUUCAGAAAAACAACAAACUCAAAAAUCAUAAAUAGAAGAGAUAUCGAUACAGAUUGCGAUAUUGGAGGUUGUGAGUGCAUUGGAACUGCUGUGGUGUGUCAGCUAAAGGAUUGUAGUGUAACUGGUCUACAAUUUAUGGGCGUACGCAGCAUAGAAAAUGCAACACUUGUAAAUAACUGCACAUUAAAAGCACGCACAAAAUACUACAACCAGUUCGCGCCACGCUUAAGAGUAGCAGUGAUUAAAAGCUAUAUUAAAACCGCCGAAUUUACAAUGGAAAAUUGUCUGCAAACGCCAGCGGCGCUGCGGCAGAAGGAACUAAACUAUAACGGUACAAUAGAGUACGACAAACUUAGCGAUGCCGAAGCAGGAGAAGAUGUUUAUUUUCAAAAUUCGCACAACUUAUGGGAACUAAAGCAUAUAAGCGAAGAUGCUAGAAGUGGUGAACUAACCGCGCAGCUAAUACUCGAUUUGGAUCAACUUAAGGAACUAGACCUAACAGCUAACUGCACAGGUGGUGUCAAUAUAAUUCCCGACGAUUUAUUACAUACAUUAAACACGCUAGAGACGCUGCGCUUUCACAUUAACGGCGCAACGCCAACGCCACAAUUGACGGCGUCGCAUUUCCGCGAUUUAAGCAAACUCAAAAUAUUACGCCUGGAUAAUAAUAGCUUGCGCAGGCUUGACGCGUAUAUUUUUCGACCAGUAUUCAGGUUGGAGCAUUUAAAUUUAUCGCUGAAUGCGCUGGAGACGCUGCCCGCUGAUUUGUUAAUGGCGCAAUAUAAACUAAAGAUGUUGGAUUUGAGUUACAAUAAAUUAAAAUCACUUCCGCGCCACUUAUUUAAGAACGCAGCGGGUUUAGAGGUAUUGCUGUUAGCGCACAACGAACUCAGCAUACCCAAUAAUGUUAUAGAACAUGCGCUGACUUUAUACAAUAUGCGUGAAUUCGAUUUGAGCUACAAUCACUUGCGCACGCUACGCGGCACGGGUUUGUAUGCAAAUAAAACGAUUUUAACGCGUCCGAUACACACACGUUUUAGCUUCUAUUCCGCUUUAAACUUACAUGUUAAUUUAAGUCACAAUAACAUCAGCGUACUCAGUUUCGACUGGUUAGAAUACAUUACAGAUUGCUACUACACUUACGAUUUGUCAAAUAACAACAUCACGCAUGUAACGUUUUUAAGACAUCCCGGAGUAAAUAUGGUGCGCUGUCUGCGGAAAUGGUUGCUUGCCAAUAAUCCGUUACAUUGUGACUGUCAGUUGGCUUGGUUAAUAAAUAACGGUUAUCAAUUUCAUACUCAUGAUUGGCGCUGCACAUUUCCGAAACAUUUGUCAAUGCGCGCGCUAAAUGCCGUUAAUAGCAGCGCUCUCUGUAAUUGGUCACCUUCUUGGUGUCCACACAAGUGCACCUGUAGUUAUGAUACUGACGCGCUUUUAGUUAAUUGUACUGAAGCGCAGCUUUUGGAGGUACCAAGCAUACCGCGCCCGGAACAAGUUGGCCUCAGUACUACAACGUUAAACAUUAACAAUAAUAAAUUGUACGAACUGCCGUUGCAUACAAGUUUUGGCUACGCGCAAGUAACGCACUUGUAUGCCGCUUUUAAUAAGCUGACCAGCAUAAAUACAACGCGCUUGCCGCCUAACUUAACAGUAUUGGAUGUGCGCGCUAAUAAACUAGAGCGCUUGAGCAACAAUUUUUUACUUAGCUAUGUAGCAGCAAGUAAAACUUUAGAAGAACUGUAUAUCUCAGCCAAUCCUUGGAUUUGCGAUUGCGGCGCUGAGCUGCUAUUGCGCGUCGUGCGCACCCAACGACAGCGCAUACCUGACGCAGACGCAGCGCUUUGCGCCAAUCUACCAAAUGUUACACUUACCAACGUCAUUUUUACAAAUAUUUGCCACGUCAAUAAGUCGCAUAGCAAAAUAUUUCUGUUAGCGUUUUUGCUUACGCUUGUUAUCACUACGCUAGUUGGCGCCAUUGCAUUUUACUACAAAUACAAACUACAAAUAAAGAUUUGGUUAUAUGCGCAUCACAUAUUUCAGUGUUGUAUUACAGUAGAGUCACUGGAUAGUGAUAAAAUGUUUGAUGCUUUUAUAUCAUACUCGCAUCAGCAACAACACUAUGUUAAUCAUAUAUUGCUGCCGGAGCUUGAGCAGGGCGAUCCACCAUUUCGAAUUUGUACACACGAACGCAACUGGUUAGCGGGCGCUUAUAUACCCGAGCAGAUUAUUGAAUCUGUUGAGCAGUCACGUCGUACGAUCAUUGUUCUGUCAGAUGAUUUCAUCGCGUCGGAUUGGGCGCGCAUGGAGUUUCGCAUGGCGCAUCAGAGCGCUUUAACUGAGCGACGCGCGCGCAUAAUUAUCAUAAAAUAUGGUGAGCUUACGAAUGUAACACAUUUGGAUAAGGAACUGCAGGCCUAUUUGAAAAUGAACACAUAUCUGGAUUUUAACGAUACGCGCUUUUGGCAAAAGCUGCGCUAUGCGUUGCCGCAUAGAACCGUUGUAGCUAGUAAAUUGGAUCAGCCUGAAGGACAGAGGCCUAUUAACUUUAUUGGGCAAGAUAAGUUACUUAUUCGGACAUAAUAUAAUAAAAAAGUAGUUAAGAAAAAUUUAAGCAUUAAAGUAGAUUUGAUAGAUAUAUUAAUAAAAAAGUGCGAAUA